AUGACAACUCCAAGUACACUGCCGCUGCUGCCACCACUCACCCCCAUGGGCGUCUGCAAGGGUGCGGUUUGCAUAACAGCCAUGGCGUUGACAGCCACCGUGGGCUCGGUCUUCAUGAUGGGGCCCAUUCUACCCCUCAUGGUCAUCCGGCCACGGCUGUUCCGCUGGGUCACAGACUGGAUGAUGAACCUGUGGCUGCUGCUGCCGGUGGCACUUAUGGAGUUAUUCAUGGGGGUUACAAUCAUGACCUCCGGCGACACGCUGCAGUCAGACGAGGGCAGCAUAAUCCUGAUGAAUCACCGCACGCGGCUAGACUGGUUCUUCUUCUGGGCGGUGCUCCAUCGUCAGAGCACGCUGCGGACAGAGAAGAUCAUUCUAAAGAAUGACCCCAAGGUCGUCCCUGGCUUUGGCUGGGCCAUGCAAGUAGCCUGUUACAUCUUCCUUAAGCGACGAUGGGAAACGGACAAGCCAUGGCUGCUGUCAAUGCUGGAAUACUUUGGAUUGCUACAAUACAAGGGCCAAUUCUUGAUCUUUCCUGAAGGCACAAACUUUGACGGCAAGGGCAAAGCUAGUAGUGACAGAUUCGCCCAGAAGAACAGCCUCCCCGAGUACAAAUAUUGCAUGCAUCCCCGCACCACAGGGCUGGUAUUCCUGACACAGGAACUAAGACAAAAGAACCUCCUGGAUACCGUGUACGACGUGACGGUCACCUACCCAGACAGUAUUCCCGAGCAUGGCGAGCUGGACUUGGUACUUGGGAACCUACCCUCAAGGGUCAAUUUCCACAUCCGACGGCUCCCCCAGGCCAGUCUUCCCGCCAGCAAAGAGGGCCUAGAGGCCUGGUGUCUAGAACGCUGGCAGGCGAAGGAGGCAGCCCUAGGGGCCUUCUACACUGGCAGCAAAGACUAUCUCGUCUUUCCGGGGGGCGAGGGGGACGGAAGCGAGAUGCACACGCAAGGGUCCGACAGGGGGACGUUGUACAUCGUCCUGCUGUACUGGAUUGCCUUUCUUGUAGCUGCGUUUACUCUUCUCUGGUACUCCAUCAUAGCCAGGUGGUACUUCUUGCUGAUCACUGCCUUCUUUAUAUAUCAAUUGGUGGUCAGAGGAGGGGUAGAGACUAGCAUCAUCAAAUCAUGUCGGUGGUUUUAUGUGCAAAAGGACAGACGAUCGUAGCUGCUGUGAGAGGUUUGUGUAAUGCAAUUUUGUGACAAGGUUUGGUUUAUUUGCUAAUAAUGGUUUAGUUCCCCGAGUCUGUGCCAUCAAUACAUUGGAAACAGCAUUACGUGUGCUCGUCUUUGUUUUUUUUACCAGACUAAUGUAAGGGGUCGAAAAUAGUGCAUUAGUAGUCAAAGAUAUGUAUAUGCUUCUUUCUUGAAUCCUGUCAACAGGUGAAAAAAAAUCCCUCAUGGGAGGUGGGGUUUUUUUGGGGGGGAGGGGGAGAUUUGAAUGCUGAAAUUGUACUCUUUCCAAACCUAUUCACAUUGCUUUUAUAUAACCACGAUACACAAGAACAUAACUAGAAUAAGGCCC